GAAAUAGUCAAAUCUAAUUGACCCCUUUGGUCACACUAAAACGGCCAAGACCACUUAAUGACAUAAGUUUAUGACAUAACCAGCAAGGUAGCUAUGUGUAAUAUUAGUCUUCUAUGCACUAGUCCGUGCUUCUUUGAGGAAGUCGCCAAAGAGGUCAGCUGGGCAAUAAACCUCCCCGACUUCACCUAUUCCAAGGUUGUCGCGAUAGAUUUGUUACUAAUUGCAACCAAUAAUCUCAACUCCUUCCACUCCAGACUUCUCCGUAAACUAAAAGCAAGUGCCUCCCUAGUUACCCCGAAAGCCCCAUACUUCCGGGAGAGUGGAAAUCCUCCGUUCCACACCCGCAGCGACUAAAUCAUGUAGGGGGUAAUGCGAAGUAAUGGUGCUAUGUCGUUUGGGGUAACGGCUUGGUAUCUGGAUAUCUCAAUUGCCACAUAAUGACACCGUCUAGCAAGUUACCCCGCCUUUUAUCUCGGGGGCUUGAAGGGGAACUCCAUAUGCCUCCAUGCCAUACAAAGAUGAGAUUCAACCCCCCUUCGAAGAACAAGACCUACAUAUAUACCUCCCCCAAACCGUCAUUGACUCCCAUUGAAACGUCUCCUCAUCUCCUACACACGAUUCCCCAAUACCACAAUACAACAGAUCGACGUAGGACGCCGCAUUUUCUCUGCCUUUUUGAUACCCCUUGCAUAUAAGAAAUACGACCUGUCAUAUACAAUAUGCCUCUCUUCGCCCAGCUCAAGACUCCCCUUACUGGCGAAUAUACCCAACCUACCGGACUGUUCAUCAACAACGAGUGGGUUGAAGGUGUUGACAAGAAGACAUUCGAUGUUAUCAACCCCGCCACAGAGGAAGUCAUUACCCAAGUGUGCGAAGCCACUGAGAAGGAUGUCGACAUAGCAGUAGCCGCCGCCCGGAAGGCAUUCAACGGCCCGUGGAGAACAUCUACUACCCCUCUGCAGCGAGGUGUCUACCUAACCAAACUCGCCGACCUUCUAGAGAAGAACCUAGAUUUAUUAGCUGCUGUAGAAUCUCUCGACAAUGGAAAGUCUAUUACAAUGGCUAGGGGUGAUGUCACGGCCGUUGCCAACUGCAUCAGAUACUACGGCGGCUGGGCGGACAAGAUCGAGGGUAAAACUAUCGACAUUAACCCUGAGUCGUUCCACUACACUCGACAUGAGCCCGUUGGUGUUUGCGGUCAAAUUAUUCCAUGGAACUUCCCCUUAUUGAUGUUGGCGUGGAAAGUUGGACCUGCUCUUGCUACAGGAAAUACUGUUGUCCUGAAGUCCGCCGAGCAGACACCCCUUUCUGCUCUUCUCUUCGCCGGUCUCGCCAAGGAGGCCGGUUUCCCUCCCGGUGUUCUUAACAUCAUUUCUGGUCUCGGCAGGAUAGCUGGUGCUGCCAUGUCUGCUCAUAUGGAUAUCGAUAAGAUUGCUUUCACUGGCUCUACCGCUGUCGGCCGCACCAUCAUGAAGGCAGCGGCAGCAUCUAACCUCAAGAAGGUGACUCUAGAACUCGGUGGCAAGUCGCCUAACAUUGUUUUCGAUGACGCGGACAUCGAGCAAGCUAUCUCUUGGGUUAACUUUGGUAUCUACUUCAACCACGGCCAAUGCUGCUGUGCGGGUUCCCGAGUCUACGUGCAAGAAGGUAUCUACGACAAGUUCAUCGAGGCCUUCAAGAAGCGUGCGCUCGCGAACAAUGUCGGUGAUCCAUUCGAUGAGAAUACUUUCCAGGGCCCACAGGUCAGCAAGAUGCAAUACGACCGUAUUAUGGGAUACAUCGAGGAGGGUAAGAAAGAGGGUGCCACAGUCGCUGUGGGCGGUGAGCGACACGGAGAUAAGGGCUACUUCAUCAAGCCCACUAUCUUUACCGAUGUUACCUCUAAGAUGAAGAUUAUGCAAGAAGAAAUCUUUGGCCCCGUCGUUGCCGUUGCCAAGUUCAAGACGGAAGAGGAGGUCAUUGCGAUGGGCAACGACAGCGCUUACGGAUUGGCAGCCGCCGUCCACACCACUAACAUCACCACCGCCAUCCGCGUAAGCAACGAGCUACGCGCAGGCACCGUCUGGGUCAACAGCUACAACCUCUUAUCUCACGCUUUGCCGUUCGGUGGAUUCGGAGAGAGUGGUAUUGGUCGCGAACUAGGAGAGGAGGCCCUUUACAACUACACCGAGACGAAGUCGGUAUCGAUCCGGUUAGCAGGCCCGAUAUUCUAAACGCGACGGUUAGAAUAGGAAUAAGAAGCUAGAGAAGCCGAGGUGUACUGUUGUACUGUCAAAGUGGAUGGAUACGGAUUACUCGCCAUGUAUGAGGACCUACAAGAUAAGGGCCGGGUCAGUGAUACCAACAUGGCUGAAUGAGUAAGAUCAUGGGAGUAAUAAUCCCUGUAUAUAUUCAAGAUUAACUAGUCAGUUUGCUAUGGCGUACCUCCACUUGGCAAAAUAAGAUAACAGUCAUUUUUUGCUAUAU